AUGCACAUGAGUGAUGUUCCCCCGGGGGGGGAAGAGGCCGCAAAUGAUGAAGCCGCGAACGAUGCAGCCGCAGAAGGAGAAGUAACAGAGGUUGGCAGCCAAGUUGAGCAAAAGGGAAUGCAUGAUCUAACCGCGGGCGGUAGAGACGCAGGAUGGGGUAACUCGGACGGAUGGCUCGCGGAGAAGGACGCAGAGGGACCCGCGCGGGAGGCGAAGAAAGUGCGCAAGAGCUUGGGCAAGGCUGGUAAAGCGUCAAAGGGGAAGGCGAAGAAGAAGGAGAAAGACGUGGCAGGGAAGGGGGCCAAGAAGGUAGCUGCGAAGAAGGGCAAAGCGAUGGAGAAAGAGAAGAGAAAAGGUGAGUCGAGCCGAACGGACGAUCCCUUCUUAACUGACUCGGAAGAGGAACUCUACAACGACGACAACCUCUUCAUGCCCAGGGCGUUAAAGAAGGGGGCCCAUAAAAAGGGCAACCAAAAAAGUAAGAAGAAUGAGCAGAAGCUCAAGGCACAGACCAACCAAAUUAGCAAGAAAAAACACGACAAGAGGGAAAAGAAAAACAAGUGUGAGAGGAUCCAGAAGAGGAAGAAGAAGAAUAAUAUGAAAAGCAAGUUCUGCACAGCCGAGUGCCUACCCCUUGGGCACUACUCAGAGGAACUCGAGAAAGAGCUCGCUUCGUACGCCACCAGCGGGUUUAAGAAGUACCUGAAGUUUUUAAAAAAUUACAAAACUACCGUGGGGGUGCAAGAAAAGGUGGUGAGCAAGAAACCCAGGCACAUGUAUGUGUAG